AUGUUUCGCAGGCAAGUUCGCAAUGGCGCUAAGCGACUUGUUCGCAGUGCCUCAUUGCCAAGACAGUCUUGCCUUUCCAGUAGCGGUAAAAAAGACUUGGCAGACAUUACAACCGAUGCGGAUAACUACGCAUGGGACGCAACCGAGAAGUUCUUCGAGAAUCUCUACGGUAUCCUAGACGCGCAGGUCACUCCAAGAGACGGCGAAGACGACACCGCACCAGCGAAACCAACCAAGGCUCUAAACAUCAUCCUCGAGAACAUCCGGCAUGGUGUUCCUCCUAACAAAGACCUCUACGACGUAUUCAAGUUUCUCUUCUUCUUCUCUGCUCCCUUCGGCACCGCGUCGCUGUGCGUAGAGAACCCGAUCCCGGUUACCGAAGCCCGGCCACUGGUGUCACCCAGUUGA